GGCCACUGUUUGGGGUCACGUGGCCUCAGCGCGGGUCACGAGAACAAACACCGGGCCCCGGCGCUUCCUCCGCCGGUCCGUCCGCAGCGGGCCAUGGCCAACGUCUCCAAAAAGGUGUCGUGGUCCGGGCGCGACCUGGACGACGACGAGGCGGCGCCGCUGCUGCGGAGGGCGGCGCGGCCCGGGGUGCCGGCCGGCGAGGGCACGCCGCUGCUGAACGGGGCCGGGCCCGCGUCAGCCCGCCGGUCGCCCCAUUCGGCAUCUUUCCGGAUUGGACAGAUGAGCAACGUGGAGCUGGAUGAUGAGCUUCUGGACCCGGAGGUGGACCCGCCUCACCCUUUCCCCAAGGAGAUCCCACACAACGAGAAGCUCUUGUCCCUCAAAUAUGAGAGCUUGGACUAUGACAACAGUGAGAACCAGCUGUUCCUGGAGGAGGAGAGGCGUAUCAACCACAUGGCCUUCCGGACAGUGGAGAUCAAACGCUGGGUCAUCUGCGCCAUGAUCGGCAUCCUCACAGGGCUUGUAGCCUGCUUCAUUGACAUCAUGGUAGAGAACUUGGCUGGCCUGAAAUAUAAGGUUGUCAAAGACAAUAUCGACAAGUUCACGGAGAAGGGGGGGCUGUCCUUCUCCCUCCUGCUGUGGGCCACGCUGAACUCCGCGUUUGUGCUGGUCGGCUCAAUGAUCGUUGCCUUCAUAGAGCCAGUCGCUGCUGGCAGUGGGAUCCCCCAGAUCAAGUGCUUCCUCAAUGGGGUGAAGAUCCCCCACGUGGUCCGACUCAAGACACUGGUGAUCAAGGUGUCUGGUGUGAUCCUGUCUGUGGUGGGAGGACUGGCCGUGGGAAAGGAGGGGCCAAUGAUUCACUCGGGCUCUGUGAUCGCUGCUGGGGUUUCCCAGGGGAGGUCAACGUCUCUGAAGCGAGAUUUCAAGAUCUUUGAGUACUUCCGCAGGGAUACGGAGAAGCGGGACUUUGUCUCAGCAGGAGCUGCAGCUGGAGUGUCUGCUGCAUUUGGGGCUCCUGUGGGUGGGGUCCUGUUCAGCUUGGAGGAAGGUGCAUCCUUCUGGAACCAGUUCCUGACCUGGAGAAUCUUCUUUGCUUCCAUGAUUUCCACCUUCACCCUGAACUUUGUCCUAAGCAUUUACCAUGGGAACAUCUGGGACCUGUCCAGCCCGGGCCUCAUCAAUUUUGGAAGAUUUGACACGGAGACAAUGGUGUACACGAUCCACGAGAUCCCCAUCUUCAUCGCCAUGGGCGUGGUGGGUGGUGUGCUUGGGGCUGUGUUCAAUGCCUUGAAUUACUGGCUGACGAUGUUUCGAAUUAGGUACAUCCAUCGGCCUUGCCUCCAAGUGAUCGAGGCCAUGCUGGUAGCUGCCGUCACAGCCACUGUUGCCUUUGUGCUGAUCUACUCCUCUCGGGACUGCCAACCCCUGCAGGGCAGCUCCGUGUCCUACCCCCUCCAGCUCUUCUGUGCAGAUGGCGAGUACAACUCAAUGGCUGCAGCCUUCUUCAACACCCCAGAGAAGAGCGUGGUCGGCCUUUUCCAUGACCCCCCAGGUUCCUACAACCCCAUGACCCUUGGCCUCUUCACCCUUGUCUACUUUUUCUUGGCCUGCUGGACCUAUGGACUGACAGUGUCUGCUGGUGUCUUUAUCCCGUCCCUGCUCAUCGGGGCUGCCUGGGGCCGGCUCUUCGGCAUCUCGCUGUCCUACCUCACUGGGGCUGCGAUCUGGGCAGACCCUGGCAAGUACGCCCUGAUGGGAGCAGCUGCUCAGCUGGGUGGGAUUGUGAGGAUGACGCUGAGCCUGACAGUUAUCAUGAUGGAGGCCACCAGCAACGUGACCUACGGCUUCCCCAUCAUGCUGGUCCUGAUGACUGCCAAGAUAGUGGGAGACGUCUUCAUCGAGGGCCUGUACGACAUGCACAUCCAGCUGCAGAGUGUGCCCUUCCUGCACUGGGAAGCCCCAGUCACCUCGCACUCGCUUACCGCCAGGGAGGUGAUGAGCACACCGGUCACUUGCCUGCGGAGGAGGGAAAAGGUGGGCGUCAUUGUGGAUAUACUUAGCAACACAGCGUCCAAUCACAAUGGAUUCCCUGUGGUGGAGUCUACUGACGACAUCCAGUUGGCCCGGCUCCAGGGUCUGAUCCUGCGCUCCCAGCUGAUUGUCCUCCUGAAGCACAAGGUGUUCGUUGAGCGGUCCAACAGAGGUCUGGUACAACGGCGGCUGAGGCUAAAGGACUUCCGGGAUGCCUACCCGCGCUUUCCCCCAAUCCAGUCCAUCCAUGUGUCCCAGGAUGAGCGAGAGUGCACCAUGGACCUCUCCGAAUUCAUGAACCCCUCCCCCUACACAGUGCCCCAGGAAGCGUCUCUCCCGAGGGUAUUCAAGCUGUUCCGGGCCCUGGGCCUCAGGCAUCUGGUGGUCGUGGACAACCACAAUCAGGUGGUCGGGCUGGUGACCAGGAAGGACCUGGCCAGGUACCGGCUUGGGAAGGGGGGCCUGGAGGAGCUCUCACUGGCCCAGACGUGAAGCCCUGGCAUCUAACCUGAGGUCCCCACCUCACUCCUCGGGCAGCGGCAGAUACAGUGUCCUCCAGACCUUGGGGAUGGCCCGGCUGGCAUGUGAACAUGACCAUCUCGUGGGCACCUUGUUGACAUUCUCCACACUCCCCCUUGCCUUACUUAAUUCCUUGGAUGUCACUCUUCAUCCUGCUAUUUUCUUCACCUUCAGGGAUCAGACAUUUUUACAAGUGCUCUCUUCCUGAGAGCCAUGAGAAGGUGCGUGUUCCUGUGCAUCUCGGUGUGUGUCUGUGUUCACGUGUGUAAGAAAGCGAGCGAACUGGGCCCCAGGGGUCCAAGUGCAACAGGCCCCCAGGGAAGGACUCCUUUGCUGCUUCUCUGUUCCUCGUUACCCUGGGUGCCAGCCCAGAAGGACCACGCCACCUGUGCACUGCCAGCUAGAGAUCUGGGUGAUGUGAGGCUGCAGGAGAGGCCUUUGGCCUUGUCCCCUUUGGCUCAUUCUGUGGCCAUGAGAUGAUGGACCAGUGCAGCAGGGACUUGCCUGGGCAAAGGCCCAGCUGGACACAUGGAGGCGAGAGUUUGGAGCAGCAGGACAGCCCUGGAAAGCGGACUCUGGUUAUUCUCUCAGACUCACCACGUGCGUACGCCCUGUGGGCCGUACCCCCACUCAGGUUGCGACGGGCUCUGUGCUGGAGUCUUGGCCAAAGGAGAGCUGAGAACCACCUGUGAGGCUGAACCCCCAAGCCCUCCAGAGCUGGAGUCCAGGCAAACAGCUGUUGCCACCAUGUGGACACCAGCUGGGAAGGCGGGUCUUAGAUCAGGGAGGGACAGGCCACUGGCCUCUGAGGAUUCCUGGCCCAUGGCGAUGUUCUGGGGAAUAUCUGGUUCCAGCCCUGGUGGUGGGUGGGCUGUGGGGAUGGGUUGGUGAGCCCAGGGCAAGGACACUGUGUCCCUCCCAGGCUAGGCAAAGCUGGUCUUACAGGACCUCUUUUACAGGUGAUUUCUGAGUCCCCAGUCCCUUUCUGUGUUGAGGCGAUGCAGUUGCUUUUGUAGUGAGCUAGUGGGCACUGCGCCUUGAUUAGAGCCCCUUUCAAGGGGGAUGGGGCCAUCAUCAACCGCCAGUCCUGUCCUGGUGGGGAGCCCUCCGUGGGGUGAGCAGAGGUCUGAAUGUGGGGUUCUGAAUGGGAGAAAUAAAGGAAUUGAACCCAGACAGCCAGCACCAGCUUCUUGUUCCUGCUCAGCACGGACCAGUCUGGGAUUACGGGGCCACUGGGGCUGGGGCAUCUGGGCUGGGGCCCUCUUCAAUGUGUGGUAUAGGUGGGCAGCACCCCAGUGUGGACACCCCUAGGAGGACGGCACAGAAACCUGCAGAUGGUGUACAGCUAUGGCUGUCAACACAUACCACAGGAAGGGGCCUUGUGGGCACCAACCACUGCCCCCUCAUUGGAUACCCAAGCAGCAUUGCUCCUGGGGCAGCCAUAGAGCUCGGCAGGAAAGACUUCUCCCCAGGGGCCCCUCCGUCUGCACGCAGCUCCGCAUGUUGGUCUAUCUCCCUGACCUGUUCAGAUGGCAUGUGGUGUCACUACCCCGGGACAAGGGUGUGACUGAAGCGUUCAUCUUGUCACAGGGAAGCCCCCAGCCAGCCCUUGGUGGGGGGGUCUGGGUGACACAUGGGGAGGACACAGGACUGGAGUGUCCCCACUGGCUCGAAAUGAGACAUAAAACAUAAUGCACUGGCCUUCAAAGACUCAGUGUGGAGAAAGCAGGUACAGCAUCUCACUCACUUCUUUGUAUUGAGUCCAUGUCGAAAUGAUAUUUUAGAUAUACUGGGUUAAAUAAAAUAGACUAUUGAAAUUCA